AUGUACAACGUCUGGCUCUACAAUCUCUUGGUUGUGUCUGUUGGGUUACUUGGCCAUUGGACACCGGGGGUCGUUGCCCAUGGCUUCAUCCGCGAGGUCACUUUGGGCUCAACAGUAUACCCCGGUUAUCAUCCCUUCGUCGACUCUUGGUGGGACCCUCCGCCGGAGAGGAUCGUUCGCAAGGUCCCCGGAAUCAGUCCAAUCGAGGACUUGACGUUGAUUGAUAUCCAAUGUAACGGAGAAACAGCGCGAGGAUACGUUACUGAGCCUGCGGCAUUAGUCGGACAGGUCGCGGCAGGAGAUCUGGUCAAACUGAAUUGGUUGAACUAUGCUGGGGACAACCACAAAGGACCACUUCUCACAUACAUGGCGAGAGCACCUUCCGACAUCACUAAAUGGAACCCUGGAACAGAGGCUGUCUGGUUCAAGGUCCACCACGACGGCAAAGAUGAGGAUGGCAAAUGGGCAGCUCCCAAGAUGUUCAACGAGCUGAAUAGCACGUAUACCUUCCGCAUCCCGCCCAACCUGCUCCCAGGCCAAUAUUUGAUUAGACACGAAUGGAUCGCUCUGCACUUUGCGGAAUCUUAUCCGGGCGUUCAGAUAUAUCCGGCGUGUAUCCAAGUCGAGGUGACUGGCAACGGGGCUGCCUUUCCGACCUCGUUUGUGUCCUUCCCAGGAGCAUAUACACCAGAGACCCCAGGAAUGAUUUUCGAUGUCUGGAACGACGAUGGCGUGUCUUAUCCUUUACCUGGACCUGAAGUCUGGACCGGAGGAGAUUGA